CAGAAAUUCUGAAAAGACUGAGCUCGAUUGUUGGAUGAACGACGACUGAUCCACCAGUCUUUGUUUCAUACCAGUGGAGGCCCAUUUGCCAGCGAGACAGCGACAGAGCUCGAGAGUUCAAGAGUUUGAGAGAUAGAUAGAUACAGAGUGACAGAGAGACUGAGAUUUUUCAAUCGUCUCAGAAUGACAUACGAAGCCGCUCAGCUCGAGGAAGAGGAAGCGCUCGCUGCCAUCUAUGCAGAGCACUUUCGCGUGGUCACUGAUGACGCUGCGGCCAAGAUUGUGCGGAUUCGCGUGGAGGACGAUUUGUGGCUGUCGGCAGUCAUCCCGACGAGCUACCCGUCGCUCAGCUCACCACUCGCGGAAAUCCACUGCGACAGAGACCACCACCGUCACAGUCACCAGUAUGAUCGUCGUCAUCGCGAUCAGCGAGGGUCGCAGGCGGCAGUCAUCGACAGGGCAACGCUCGAGGGGUGGAUGGACCGGCUCGACCAGCUGGCGAGCGACUCCAAGGGCCAAGUCGUGCUCUUCCAAUGGGUGGAGUAUCUCAAGGAAGCUUGGAGUGACUUGCAUCAAGCGAAUGCAGGAGCAGGAGCAGGACAAUCCGCUACAGAUGGUGCAGCCGCCACUGGUCUGCCAACCGACUUGUCCGAGGAUGAUGAUGCCGACCAUGCUGCUACAGACGCCGAGCUACAGGAGAUUGCCAUGCUAAGCAUGAGCUUCAGUUCGGCCGAGUCGCGUCAUGCGAGUGGCGGAUUGGCACCGCGACCGGAUUCGGCAUGCCCGGUCAUUCUGAGCGGCGAUGCGUACACUGAGCGAAAGAGCGUAUUCGUUGCGCACGUUGCUACUGUUCAUUCUGAAGCGCAAGUAUCGCUGGUUCGCAGCGAGCUACUGCAAAAUCGCAAGAUUGCCGCCGCCACGCACAACAUCAUGGCCUACAGAAUACAUCGCCCCGCCACAGGCGCGUUCGCCCAAGACUGUGAUGAUGAUGGCGAAGACGCCGCGGGUGGCCGAUUACUUCAACUCCUCCAGCUGGUCGAUGCACGCAACGUGGUUGUGGUGGUGUCGCGCUGGUAUGGCGGGCAACUGCUCGGGCCGUCCAGGUUUAAAAUUAUCAACAAUGUUGCCCGAGCGCAGCUGUCCAAGUGCGGAUAUAUCGCUACUGAUUUGGAAGAUGCUGAUUCUGGCAAAUCCAAAAAGCGAUGACCCGACCCACAAGCCCCCCUUUUGAAAAUGUCGCGCAACAACCAUCCCAUCUCUACAACAAGCCUCCAAUCUCGAUAAACUUGCCGGUAUUACC